CCAUUCCUCCACAGUUGAUUCUUUAGGACUGUAUUGUCAUGCAAAUAGAGGACGCGUAAAAUAUUCCCGCAGAGCGCAGCGCAGGACAGAGACUCACACGGAUCGCGCGGAGGACGCAGACCGGGGCCACACGGUGGAUUUGUAUCGUUUUCGUCGCUACGGACCCGUCCAUCUGUCACAGACCACAUGAGCAGAGGUAUAUAGCCGGGACGUGUAGCCAGGAAACAGGUCGGACCGUUCAAGGAAAAGCUGCGGAGGCUGUUCUGUGGAGAUAGUGGUCAUACUUCCAAUCACCUGAGAGAAUUCGGAGGUGUCUCUCUUCUCCAUCCCCUGCUACAGGUUACCUGCUGCUGCUUCAGAAGGGGAACUACAUCAGACCUCUGGAUUGCUUUCCAGAUCCCUUUUAUUUUUUAGGGGGAUUUAAGGAUCUCGCAAAUAUUAACUUUUUUUGCACACCAAGUGUGUUAUUUCAUCUCUUGUCCUUUUUUGGAUAUAUACAGUGCUCCCUUUUCCCGUUUAGAACUUUAAAGUGCCUUAAUAACUGAUUGUAAUCCAGAGUAACUGUGGCAUUGUCACCAGACCAGAGACGCAACAGGGAGAAGAAGAUCAUUAUCAGCUUUAGAUCCCGGGCAGGAUUACUGGUCCCCCCUCUCCCCACAUCCCUCCAGCGAGCUGCAACCAUGAGCCAGGCGGACGUGUCGACUUGUUCCCAACCGCAGAGGGUUUUUCAGGAGGCGGUGAAGAAGGGAAACACCAAGGAGCUGCACUCUUUGCUGCAAAACAUGACAAACUGCGAGUUCAACGUCAACUCUUUCGGGCCUGAAGGACAGACGGCCCUGCACCAGUCCGUCAUUGACGGAAACCUGGAGCUGGUAAAACUGCUGGUGAAGUUUGGCGCAGAUAUCCGACUGGCCAACAGGGAAGGGUGGAGCGCUUUACACAUCGCCGCCUUCGGGGGCCACCAAGACAUUGUGCUAUACCUCAUCACCAAGGCCAAGUACUCCUCUGGCGCCCGGUGAUUUGUCUCAUGCUGUCAGGUAAAAAUCAGAAAACAAGUGGGAAGUAGAACUGCAACAUACGGAAAGCCAGGCUCUUGUGAAAGCAAAACAAACCGCAAUUGUCUAAAUAGUUGUGCCAAAUUACUUAAAAAAAAAAAAAAAUCAAAAUAGGCCUGCACAGCAUUCUUCCCUCAAUGUAAACCAAACAGGGCUCUCUGUGCGCUCCGGAGACAAGCACCACAUACUUCAUACAAAGCGCUGCAACAUGAUUCUUUCACAAAAAAAAAAAAAAGCAACGCCAUUUCGGUGAGUUUGUUGGUACUAAAGCUUUCCUCUUGAAUGUGUCUCUUAGAUCCACUCUAAAAGAAGCCAGUGUCUCUGUAUCACAUGUGUGUGUGUUUUGACUCCAGAGUGCAGAUGGCCAAGUUUUUUUUUUUGUUUUUUUUUAAAUUCUCCCAUCCCCAGAAUACAGUUGAAUGGUGUCUUUGUGGGGGGCUCGCGGAUUUGACCUGUUGCUCCUCAUUGUUCACUUGUAAAACUCCUUUUAAGUUAUUUUAUAUGGAAAAUUACGGCACUUGAUGCUUGUGUGGCUGCAUGCUGGAAUAUCUGAAAGGGAAGACACAUGGAUUAGAGCAGAAUGGUUGCCCUCUGUUGGCUACUAGAGGUCUGAUUUCUUUAAUACAUUUUAUUAUAAUUUUUUACUCAAAGAGCGGCAUAAUGGCUAUCCAACACGCUUUCAGAUGUGUAAUCGUUAUGUAACAACAAUUCUGACUCCCAUUAUUGUUGUGAAGUACUGUACACAAUAGCUUUACUUUGUUUCUGUUUUGUUUUUAAAAAGGGACAGUAGCUGAUGCGCUCUGUAUCGAUCUUGCCAUGCUGGCGUCCAUUUUUUUUUCAGACCAGUGCGAUCACUCUUGUGAGGUGGUCAAUGUGUUAUAUUAAAAGAAAACCGCUGCUUCCGCUUUGUAUCAAACAAUUUUGGAAUUCACUUUAUAAUCUCCUUUCAGUAUUUUAUGAACAUCCUAGUCAUCACUGUGAAAGCGGGCUGGGUUUUUUUUUUAUUUAUGAAGGUACAUUGAGAAGAUGCGUUUUUUUUUUUUUUUUUUUAUAUGUCGUGGUUCUUCUUAAAACACACACAAAAAAGAAAACUUUAAGUGUAAGAGGGUGACUCAAGCUGCUUCAGACUCGUAGUAUAAACUGUCCCGUGCGGAGGUAUCUGCCACCUCCCCCAGAAUCCCCCUCUGUUACAGCCUUUUGACCCCUCAAGAGGACUCCCCCCCCCCCUCCCCUCUCCCUCCUCUUCCCAUUUAAAGGACUCUGUUAGGUUGCCUAUUGACAGCUACCUCGACUAUAAAGUAUUCUUAAGAUGUUCAGCUCUCUCACCACUCUGCCACGUUGUUUUGAGUUUAAAGACACUCAUUUGUUUGUGAUCAAUCACAUGUGUUUUUUAAGGGGGGACGGACAUAAAAUACAGAAGAUGCAAUGAACCCACUCGUGCAUCCUCAGUCGGGACAGUUUAUUCUACUCUACAACCAAACCAAUCCUGACAAGCAAAGCAUCGUUUUUUUCUGCAAGGGACUAUUUUUUCUGUGACUCUUUUACUCCUUUUCUUUCCCCCCCCCCUUUCUCUCUGCCAUUGAUGCAUAUUUUCCCUAUAAACCUAAUCCUUUAUUCCUCUUUCUCUUUCCUCAUCACCUUUUUUUUUCUGUUUUCUAUCAUUUUUCAGUCAUACAAAAAAAAUGGAAUUGUAUCGCAUGACUUAAAAACGCAGGGAGUUUUAUUGCACAAAAAAAUGCGGAGCCUUGUGUGCCCCCAGUGUUUGAGCGGGGUAACUGCAGGAGCCAGGGCUUUGGAAUAGUUACUACUACUGAGCAGGAUCCUAUACUGUUGGACGAUGAAGACUUAAAAGAAAAACAACAACACAUGACUGUUGCAGGAUGUCACAUAAGGGGAAAAUUUUGGUUUCUGCUGCAUUUAUAAAGUCAUGGCACCCUAACAUUUUGUAUCAAUGCUGCUUGUUUUUUUUUUCCUUUUGUAAUGUAAAUGUCAGUGAUUUUUCUUUUUUUGUUUUAUUUUAUUUCUCAAAAUACAAAUCCUACUGCUCAAAUGACCAAUAGUUGUGUAGAAAAGCUUCACAGCAGCACUGGUUGACCUCAUGAGAAGCUGAUGAGUGUUUUUUUUUUUCAGUGAGUGUAAGUGUGUGUGUGUGUGUGUGGUGCUUCUCUUGAGUCCCCCCCCCCCCCCAGUGUGUUGUUGUGUUCACCAUUCAUUCAACCAGACAAGACAAACAUUAUAAACCUGGAAAAUCACAAACAUCUGAAGCGAUAGAUCCACCACAUCAAGGCAUAGAUUGGUAUCAGGCAACACAUGAAAUAUGCAUCGCUUGUCUUAAACUUGAUGUGUGUUUUUUUUUUUUUUUCCUUUUUUUUUGUUCGAAUAUUGCACUGAUGACUGUUGUUGAAAAGUUGGCUUUUAUGUGUCAACAUUUUUUAUUUUUUUCUGAAUGAAAAAAAAAAAACAAACACAACAAAAUACUAUUGUAUAAAUAUAUGCUCCAGGUGAUGAUGUCCUAAUGUGUGUGUUACUUUGUGGAAAAACAUUGUGUUUUUUUUAACAAAGAUGCGUGUAUCUCUGUGAUUGGGUGUAUGUAUAUAUACAUAUGGAUAUAUAUAUCAACGCUGAUGAUGAUGAUGAUAUCUUGGGGCACUUUCUUUUCUGAAGUGCUGUCUUCCUGUUUUAUUUUAAAGGGGAAUAAUACAUUUGAUGGUAAGAUCAUUGUAACAUGAUUAAAAAAUUGCACGGUUGUGCGGUUGUUUGGCUUACCAGGGUCAUAACAUUUAUGACGUGAGAAGCCAGCCGCCGGAUUGGUGUACACGAGUGAGAUGAUUUUUUUGAAAUAAGAAAAAAAGUGCUGACUAUUUUGGACCAAGUUGUGUUUCUGGUCUUGCUUCAUUUCAAGCAAGGAGGAAACAGCUGAUUUUUAAUGAGUGAUGCAGGUGUUCCAUCAUGGUUUGUUUUUAUUUGUUUGUAUCCUUUUAUUUUGAACAUUUGUAACACUGUGAUAAUGACGUCAUGUCAUGUGGAGAUGAGUGCUGUAUUAUUUUUGUACGUUUGUGUACAAGCCAGUAAAGAAAUCAUUAAACUUAAA